GAAAGGCGGUUUCUUGGCACAUGGGAGAGGGAGGGAGGACCGGAGAGAGAAUGAAUGCCGCUGUGUGUCUAAUAAUUGCGUCACCGAAAACGUGCUCUUGCUGACUGGUGCAGAGCAAGCAGCCUGCUGCUGCAGAGAAUGGCCAAGUACCCGCACAGAUGACGAAAAUAUACAAGGAAACGGCUUUUUUUUUAUCGUACCUAACAUUUGAGAAUUGUAAAAUUAAAGAUCAUGGCGGACCAGCGACAGAAAUGCUGUGGACUAUGUUGUUUUGAAGUGUUUCUGCUCGGCGGAUCGGCACUGCUUCUCCUUGCAGAAAGGGUUACCCUGAUAUACAGUAUCAUAUACUAUUUCUUGAUCGGGCAGCCAUUAUGGGCAGGAUUGACAUUUGCCUUUGUUCUGCCUGCCAGUGGUGUUCAACUGCUAAGUUACUAUUGGUUUUUAGAGGAUGGCACGAAGAACCGGAGGUGUAUGAUAUUUAUUCACAUUCUUCACCUGGGAAUUUAUAAACGGUAUUUGGACUGCAUUUAUUGGAUGAUUAAGACUACAGGUUAUGCUGGAAAUCUAGGACUAAUAGUCAUGCAGCAGGGUGAUACUGCAGCUCUGCAUUUAAUGGAGGCUCUACUACUCUCCUUGCCACAGGCAUUACUGCAUGGCUAUCUAUUGGUGACAACACAGAUAAGCAUUCUCAUUCCAGCUGCUCUGUCAUCUGGCCUAUGUCUUCUUUCACUUUCUUGGGUGUUGGUCCUACAUAGCCGGGCUUCUUGCCUGAUAAGGCCUGGCCAUGUCAGUCUUCCACCUGCUGCUCUUCUGUGUCAGCUUUUGUGGAGGAUCUGCAUGUUGGGGUCACGUAUUACAACUCUCAUCUUAUUUGCCAGAGCUUAUCAUUGGUGGAUAUUUGUUGUUGGAGGUCUCCAUUGGCUGGCUGCAUCCUUCUGGCUUGGUAGUCAGCAGUCUGACAUUAUUCGUAAUCCAUGGCGUUGGCGUCUCUUCAACUGUGUUGUUGGAGCUGUCCACAUAUUCUGUUUUUUGAACGUGAAAGAUGGACCAUCUAGGUACCGUGCUGCUGCGUUUUAUGUGGUAAUUCUAUUGGAAAAUGCAGCUCUCUUACUGCUUGCAUCAGAUUUUCUGCGUUUAUCUUCUUGGAAUAGUUUAGGCACAGCCACACUGGUCCUUUGCAGUUUCAUUGCUGGAUGUAUAUCUUUAAUUCUAUACUACCGUUUUCUACAUCCUAAGUCCACAGAAAUCUCUACCAACUUCCAAACUGUGUACUCAGGAAAUGCAUGCUGGACCAAAGAAGAAACAUCGUUGCCCUCGGGAAAUAUGCCCAUUUGUGUCCCUACUGAGUGCCAAGCCCAUGAAGCACUUUCUUUUACUGGAAUAUUUCAGACUGAUUUGGAAAAUGGUGAAAUUUCUACUCAGGUUACAAAUGCUUUGCAAUCUCCUGGGAACAAAGGACACCACCACUGGUUACUGGUUAAAGUGGCUUUAAAGACAGGUGACGAAGCAAAAAUAUUUCAAGGUUAUGGGGCAGGAGGAGCCACUUCAGUUUUAGUACUGCCAGAUCAUGAUGAACUCAAAGAUGAGAAUGUGCAGAAGGAAACAGAGCCAGAAGAGAGAUCUCCAUCAGAAACAGAAGGUGAAUGGGCACAUGGUGUUUUUCCAUAUUCAGAAUCUGAAAACAUGGAUGUUUCACAGUACCUCAGUGUUCAAGCAAGCCCUGAGAUGGCAUCCUUUCAAAGACUUGCAACCAAUGAAAAGUUUGGUAUUUCCUCAAAAUCACCUAGUAGGGGAUCUCCUGAAAGAAGAUCUGUUUGUUUUCAAGAAGGUCUUGAAUAUGUUGGUACAAAAGCAUGUGUACAAAGUCCAGUGGAAUCUGAAUGCAGUUCAACAUUAUACUUCAGUGCUGAUCUUCAGUCCCCUAAUGAUGCAGACAAAGAACUCUCAGAGGGAGAAGUGGAAGAUGAGAGAGCUGUAUUCCCAUCUCCUUUAAACGAGUGCAGCCCCAUUACAAAGAGCAAAAGGCAAGAAAAGAAUAGCAUGAAUGUAGUGCCUAAAGGAAUACUAAGCAAAGGUGAGCAGGUGUCUCAGCUGGCAGCUCAACCUCGAUUCACUUCCACUCCCAAAUCAGAUAAUGAAAUCCAAAGCAGAAAGUUCAGAAUCUCAGGAGUUAGAAAGCCGAUUGUUCCAUUUGGAGCUGGGAAUAGUGACGGUAUAUAAAAACCAUAAAGCAGUUAACUGUAGAGAAAGACUGCUGAGGUACUGGUUUUGGGAGACACUUCAUAAAGUCCUACUGUCUCCUCUCCUAGAAGAGUAAAUGCACUUAGGAACAAAUAUCUGCAUGGAAAAAUGAAGAGAGACUAUAUAAUAAUAUGCCGAAAACAUGUUUGGUUUUACCCCAUUUAACACUUCUUUUUUUAUAAAAUUACUAAAAUAAUUUAUAAUCGUUUUGUAUGUUUUUAACAACUUGGUACUGAGUUACAAUCUCAUUUAAUUAUUUAUUAAGUUUUAAACUUUGUGGUAGAAUUUUUUAAUAUUUAAACAGUUAAAUUUUCAUUAUGAUGUUGGCCAGUUUACUUUUAAUUUAAAAAUUCUAAUAUUUUCCACAGCUAGGUAAUGCUGUUUUUU